AGAAAAUAGUUUGGAACUACAUAUUGAGAAUUUGGGCCUUGAUUAGUGUUCCGUUGCUUAUUACUCCUACCUUCUGCAGUGGUCUGCUGCCAUUGAAGUGAAGGCAGGCACCAAUGACUUCUGCUCCUUCAAAACUUUACGCAGAUGACGUCAGCCUUCUCGUUGUCACACUCGACACAAACCCUUUCUUCUGGACCACUUUUCCCUUCCACUUCUCCGAGUUCCUCUCUCAAGUUCUCGCUUUUCUCAAUUCAAUACUUCUUCUCGGCCAGCUUAAUCAACUCGUAGUCAUCGCCACUGGAUGCAAUUCAUGUGGAUACAUUUACGAUUCCACUUCCAAUAGGAACCAUGCUUCCACAAACGGUACAAUGCCUGCGCUUUAUUCCAAUCUUCUACACAAUCUCGAAGAAUUCCUCGCUAGGGAUCAGAAAUUGACCAUGCCUCAUGCACCGGUCACAGUUCCUUCUUCGUUGUUAUCGGGAUCAUUGUCCAUGGCUCUCUGCUAUAUACAGAGAGCUUUUCGUUCAGGACCGAUGCAUCCUCAGCCUCGGAUUUUAUGUCUGCAAGGAUCUACUGAUGGACCAGAACAGUACGUGGCAAUCAUGAAUGCAAUAUUCUCUGCUCAGCGUUCUUCAGUUCCUGUAGAUUCUUGUUAUAUUGGUUCAAAUAAUUCUGCAUUCCUUCAGCAGGCUUCAUACAUAACUGGUGGCAUAUAUUACAGGCCUCCCCAAAUGGAUGGGCUUUUUCAAUAUCUUUCAACAGUAUUUGCAACUGAUUUGCAUUCUCGUGCAUUUUUAAGGCUUCCUAAAUCUCUUGGUGUGGACUUUCGUGCCUCGUGCUUCUGCCAUAAGCAAACAAUUGACAUGGGCUAUGUAUGUUCUGUAUGCUUAUCCAUAUUUUGUGAGCAUCACGACAAGUGUUCAACCUGUAGCUCUGUAUUUGGCCAGGCUCAAUCAAAUGUUGCCUCAGCAGACAACCGGAAAAGAAAGGCUUCAUAAUGUUUCCGGGCUCAUAACACUUAUUUUGUCAUGUCCAUCAAGAGAGCUUAUCUGUUAUGUCUCUUGAUCUCUUACAUACAUGUAGCAAGCAUAAUGAAAAUUUGGCAUCAAAUUGCUUUUCCGUCUGUUUUGGUGGAAAACUCAAGUUUAUUAUGAAGAUCAGCAUCAAUCUGGAUAGCAUUAGCAACAGCGGGUUCUCUUUGUACGGGAGCUGCAUAACAGGCUUUUAUCUGAAAGGCUUCAUGCAUCUAGAAGGCUAUGCUUUGCAUUAUGUUCAAAUGGCCCCAUGAACUCUUUCCCUUUGAUGGCAUCUGUUCCUUUAUGAUGAUGAGCUAUCAUUAAUUUUUGUUGUAUAAGAAGAAGUCUCAAAAUAGUGGGCUAUGUUUUAAGGUGUCUAAUGAUGGCUAACUGAGAAUAUAGUAGUAAAGGGAGUGGAUCGUUGACUUUAUAACCAGAUGUCUUAUCCCCAUCCUGACUUGAUUUAUACUCUUUAUACUUGGAAUUGUGAGUUAUCCUUUGAUUUAUACUUAACAAGACCCAUCGGAAAUUAGGGCUUAUAUACUGGAGUUUUCAACCAUUCCUUGAUAAAAAAAUUCGAAACCAUUUUUGAUGGUUUUGUUUAUCAAUGCCAAAACUUGUGAAUUAUAUGGUA